AUGAAGAAAACCCAGGGAAAACGAAGCCCCUGGGGUGGGCCGAGCCUGCCCCCCGAGCCUAAGGAUGGACCUAAGCAGAUCCUUAAAGUGCUCCUCCCUGAAAUGACCAUCCCGGGGGGAGAGUACUUCUCUCGAUUUCCUUUUUUCAUUUCCCCUUUUGUGGGGUCCCCCGUGACUGGUAAAACCCCAGAUCGCCAUAAACCCCCUCAACCUCUUCCCCUUUUUCUGUUUCUCCUUCUCCUCCGUUCGACUCGCGAAGAAGCUCGUGGAAGAGCCGCGAUCCGCCGUCGUGUCGCCUCGCUCCGCCGCGAUGAGAAGGGCUUCCUCCACCCUCGCCCCCUCCUUCCUCUCUCGCGCCCUCGCCUCCUCCUCCUCCGCCUCCGGCCACGACGGCCGCCACCGCCUCCUCCAGGCGGCUCUCUACUGCAGCGGCGCCACCGGCGGCGGCGGCGGCGGAGCCUAUUCCCGGCGCGCCGGCCGCCGCUGGUUCUCCCGCCUCUCGAUUCGCCCCGGGCUGCAUCUCUCGGCAUUGCCGGCGCCGUGUUUGCGGCUUCUGCAGCGUCGGCUGCUCUGUCCGGCGAGGUCCUCGCGAAGGAGCCGCCGUCGCCCGAGGUGGUCCCGAAGGAGGUCGUGCUCUACCAAUACGAAGCUUGUCCCUUCUGCAAUAAAGUUAAAGCUUUUUUGGACUAUUAUGACAUCCCCUACAAAGUUGUUGAAGUCAACCCAAUUAGUAAGAAAGAGAUAAAAUGGUCCGAUUACAAGAAGGUUCCUAUACUGAUGGUGGAUGGCGAGCAGCUAGUUGACUCAUCAGAUAUCAUUGACAAGCUGGGUCAAAAAAUACUUCCUGAAAGGUCAGCCAAACCAGCCACAGAAGAUGAUGACAGUGAAGAGAGAAAGUGGCGGAGAUGGGUUGACAAUCACUUGGUGCAUGUCUUAUCACCAAACAUCUACAGGAAUACCUCUGAGGCUCUUGAGUCAUUUGAUUAUAUCACAAGCAAUGGUAAUUUCAGCUUCACCGAGAAAAUUAUGGUAAAAUAUGCUGGAGCUGCUGCAAUGUACUUUGUAUCCAAGAACCUGAAGAAGAAGUACAAUAUUACUGAUGAACGUGCUGCCCUCUAUGAUGCUGUGGAGACAUGGGUUGAUGCCUUAAAUGGCGGGGAGUUCUUGGGGGGCUCAAAGCCUAAUUUGGCUGAUCUUGCUGUCUUUGGUGUUUUAAGACCGAUCCGAUAUUUGAGGUCUGGUAAAGAUAUGGUGGAGCACACUCGUAUUGGGGAAUGGUACUCAAGAAUGGAGAGUGCUGUGGGAGAGUCCUCAAGGAUUAAGGCUUGAACUGAAAUCCUGUUAGAUUCAGGAGCAUGCUUUCUGCUUUUCAAACUGAUGCUCGCUAAUUGGUUCUGUAUCCAAGUAUAGCCACCUGUAGAAAAAGACGAGUCCAUAUCAUUCUUGAUUUUUUCUCCUCCAAGAUUUAUGACAUUUGGUGGUAAUAUAUGUCUUAACAAAAUUUUUGGGAUUCUUUCAUCAUUGUUUCACUUUGUAAUAAACGUCCAACCAAUACGAAGGAAAGGAGGUGUUUUAUAUACACGAUUUUUCAGGACUGCUACAAAAAUGGUCGUUUCUUGUGUAUAAGCUGUUUUAUCUGGUUUGACUAUUGCCAGAAUCCUGGAACUGCGUCUAUUUAUGUUAUGAAAAAUGAGAAAUUUGUUUCC